AUGUCUCUUCCUGACAAAUAUGAAGAGGAAAAUGCUCACCUAAUGAGAUAUGCGGCAGAAAAGUCGAAAAAUGUAAAAUCUCCACUGUCUAUUGCAAAACUAUGCAAACAGUUUAAAGAAGAAAUUGGUUCAGAUAAAACAAUGGAGUGUUUGAGGCAAAGAAUCCAAAGACUUCGCAUGAAAAUUCAUGAAUCGGACGAGUUUGACAUGGACACUAAAGUUGAAAUGCUUUUUGCAUUGAGCGUUCAAAUUGAACCAGAUUUUUUGACUGAAUUAAGAAAAGAAGCGUACGUGAAAGUGGAUAGAUACCAGCGAAUCAUUGAAUACAAGAAGAAUGGAGGAGGUCUCGAAAUGAGCGGAAAACAUAUGGCCAAUCCGAAUCUCUGCGAAUCAAAACAUAAACUGAUUCUUCAGUUUUUGGCAAAUAAAUCAGAAACAAUGAAAACUCCACUUCCAGAUAGACUGUUUUUGAGAGAAUUCAAAGCGUUGAAUUUGACUUCGAACGAGUUUCUAACUCUGAAGAGAAGAUAUCCACGUAUCAAAGAUGAGAUUUAUGAAUCUCCUAAUUUCGAUAAGGCCACAAAAAUCCGAAUGAUGUUCAUUUCAAGCACGAAACUUCCAGAACGUGUUCUCAAAGAAGCAAAUGACGGAAGUUUGGAAUUAGAGGGUGAACACAGUCAUUCUUCAAAAAUUAGAGAAGGCCAUAGAGCUGGACGGCAGCGGAAAUGGGAAGAAUACAAUGAGGAAGAAGGCAAAGAGGAUUAUAAUCAAUCAGAUAGAUGUCGUAGGAUCAAUUUGUUGAAAGUCUUGAUGAAUCGAACGGAAAAUGCUACCUCGCCUGUCAAUAUUGAACAAUUAGCUUCAGAAAUUAAGAUGCAAUUUGGUAGGCAUCAAAGAGUCAGUCGUUUGAGAAGCAGAAUCGAGAGUAUCCGUGAGAACAUUCUUGAAUACAAAAAUAUGGAAACUCCUACGAAAGUUAAGAUGAUGUUCGCAUUGAGUGGUACUGUUAAUCCUGAUUUUCUUCGUCUACUUCGAAACGAGGCAAUUGUCGAGGUGGAUGAAAAUAACAGAAUUAUUCGAUACGAAGCAUAUGAUGGGAGUUUGAAACUUGAAGGGAAACAUUCUGAAGAACUCGAUGUUAGUAGAAGACAGAGAGUUAGUAACAUAGUUCUUCCCAGUGAUUUGGAUGAAACAGAUGAGGGUGAAGAAGAGGAUGAAAAUACAGAUGAUACGUCUGAUAAUGGAGGAAGUGACUCUGAUUUAAGUGAGAUUGAGGACUUAGAAGAAGAACCCGCACAGGUGGAGGAGAAGAAGAAAGUUCCAAUCAUCACGAGAAGUGGAAGAGUAUCAAGAAAACGAAGUUUGAGUAUCCGUUCUUCUUGUUUCGAUAAUGGAACUACAUCCGAGAUCAACCAGCGUCAUGAUAUUGAUAGAACCAAACGAACCAAACAGUCUUCAGGGGAAAGUUCUGGAGAUUUCGGUUUACUAGCUCUUAGAGAACAUUUGAAAAUAGAGAAUAUGGAAUGGGAAUCCAUUGCAAUUAAACAAGAAUCAUCAAUGGAUUAUGAGCAUAUUCCGAUUUCUUCCUCCACCUCUAGACAACUUGUUGAGAGUAAGCAAGAGAUUCCACUGGCCUGUUUUCCCAAUGAUGACGAAUGGGUGGGCAGUGAGCAAACAGUUCCGAUGGAGAUUCAGCCAACUCUCAAAGAAUGUAAAGUAGAGGAAAUAAUCGAUGAUUUUGAGAGCAUCCCGGAUAUUCUUGCAAAUGAAGAUGAAACAGCACUCAAGGAGUAUUUAGAAGCUCUUCAUGGACUUGUACUGAAAUUGAACACUCCAAAUUUAUCUGAUGUCGAUCUUAAAAUUAAGUCUAUGCUCGAGAAGUUCCAGUAUGACGAAGUUCCAAUCGAUUAUAUUUCAAUUUCCCUCGAGACUUGUCUCCUCAUGGUUGUCAAGAACUCAACAAUGAAAUCAGAACCAGACAAUGAGUCAAAAAGUCUCAAAAACUUCAUUUACCAUCUAGAAAACUCCAUUUUCUGCAUCAAGAACACAUCGUUAGAGGCAUUUAAACAUAAAUUGAGAGGACUACUCGUAGAACUACCAAUUUUAGAAAAAAAAAUUUCCAUCGACACGAUUCGCCUUGCACUGAACACGACACUCGACAUUUUGGCUCCUACUAAUAGUCCCCAAUAA